AUGGCUCUUAUAGUCACGUUGUUUGUGGUGACCUUGGUUACCCAGUGCUGGACUGCACCACAGCGGAGAAACUGGACUCCUCAAGCGAUCUUGUACCUAAAGGGAGCACAGGGACACCGCUCAGUGUUGGAGCGCGCCAGCAGAGAGAAAGAUGACAUUUCACAUUUAGUAACUCACCCCGAGAGCAGCGAUGGACUGGGGUUGUCUUUGGCUUCAUCCGUCCUCCUGGAGCUUCUGCAGCGCACUGUGGAGGAAGGUAAAACCCUGAAUAUCAUCCCCAACACACUGUCUGACCCUCACUUAUGA